AUGGCUGCUGGCUGGCUGCUGGUCUUUAGCCUGACACUUUUCCAGUCCCUGGUGAUGAACCACUCCUCGGAGGGACCCUUCCCCUCGGCCACCACGAUAAAAGCAUGGGUGGAUAAGAUGCAAGAAGAUCUCGUGACACUCGCAAGAACCGCAAGUGGAGUGGACCGGCUUGCUGAAAUUUAUUUGAAAAACACAGCAUUGUAUACUGUAGAAGCAAACAACCCUCGUCAGCUAGUGGAAAUUGCAGCCAGAGAUAUUGAAAAACUUCUAAGUAACAGGUCUAAAGCCUUAGUGCGCCUUGCUAAGGAAGCAGAGAAGUACCAAGCAUCGCAUCAGUGGAGGGAUGAGUUUGGGAAUAAUGAUAUAAUCUAUUACAAUGCAAAAGAUGAUCAGAAUGAUCCUGAAAAGAAUGAAACUGAAUCUGGCAGCCAGAGAAUCAGACCAGUAUUUGAAGACGAUCCUGUUUUCCGACGACAAACAUCUUACCAACAUGCAGCAGUCCACAUACCUACAGAUAUUUAUGAAGGCUCAACCAUAGUGUUAAACGAACUCAACUGGACUGCAGCGCUGGAUGAUGUGUUCAAGAGGAACAGGGAAGAGGACCCCACUUUAUUAUGGCAGGUUUUUGGUAGUGCCACUGGCCUCGCAAGGUAUUAUCCAGCUUCCCCAUGGGUAGAUAAAAGUCGAACUCCUAAUAAAAUAGAUCUGUAUGAUGUACGCAGAAGACCAUGGUAUAUCCAAGGAGCAGCAUCUCCUAAAGACAUGCUUAUUUUAGUGGAUGCGAGUGGGAGUGUCAGUGGAUUGACACUGAAGUUGAUCCGCACAUCAGUCAUUGAGAUGCUGGAGACUUUGUCUGAUGAUGACUUUGUGAAUGUAGUUUCAUUUAAUAAUAAUGCUCAGAAUGUCAGUUGCUUUAAUCAUCUUGUCCAAGCUAACGUGAGGAACAAGAAGAAACUGAAAGAAGCUGUCUAUAAAAUCUCUGCUAAAGGAAUUACGGAUUACAAAAAAGGCUUUAGCUAUGCUUUUGAACAGCUGCUAAAUCACAGUGUCUCCAGAGCUAACUGCAAUAAGAUUAUUAUGCUGUUUACAGAUGGUGGUGAAGAAAGAGCACAAGAAAUUUUCCACAAAUAUAAUGAAGACAAAAAAGUACGAGUGUUCACAUUUUCUGUUGGCCAACAUAACUAUGACAAAGGACCCAUACAGUGGAUGGCCUGUGAAAAUAAAGGUUAUUAUUAUGAAAUCCCAUCUAUUGGAGCCAUAAGAAUAAAUACCCAGGAAUAUCUGGAUGUUUUGGGAAGACCAAUGGUUUUAGCUGGAGAGCAAGCCAAACAAGUCCAAUGGACAAAUGUCUAUCUGGAUGCUCUGGAGCUGGGCCUUGUGAUUACAGGAACUCUGCCUGUCUUCAAUCUAACAAGGGAACAAAAUGGGAAAAUAAAUCAGCUGAUUCUUGGAGUAAUGGGAGUUGAUGUCUCCUUGGAGGACAUAAAAAAACUGACACCCCGAUUUACACUUUGUCCAAAUGGAUACUAUUUUGCAAUUGAUCCUAAUGGGUAUGUGCUACUGCAUCCAAAUCUCCAGCCAAAGAAUCCUAAAUCCCAGGAACCUGUUACACUGGAUUUUCUAGAUGCUGAAUUGGAAAAUGAUAUUAAAGUUGAGAUUCGGAAAAAAAUGAUAGAUGGAGAAAGUGGAGAAAAAACAUUUGAAACACUGGUCAAGUCCCAAGAUGAGAGGUAUAUUGAUAAAGGAAACAGAACAUAUACAUGGACUGCUGUGAAUGGCACUGAUUACAGUUUGGCACUGGUGUUACCAUCAUACAGCUUUUAUUAUAUUAAAGCCAAAAUAGAUGAACCAAUAACCCAAGCCAGAUUGACAUCCAAAAGGGUUUCAGAGUCACUGAAGCUUGAUCAUUUUGAUGAAGCUGGCUACACAUUUUUAGCACCAAGAGAAUACUGUAGCGAUGUAAAAAAAUCAGAAAACAACACUGAAUUUCUAUUAAAUUUCAAUGAAUUUAUUGACAGAAAUACUCCAAGCAGUUCAUCGUGUAAUACUGAUAUGGUCAUUAGAGUUUUGCUGGAUGCAGGAUUUACAAAUGAACUUGCCCAAAAUUAUUGGAGUAAACUGUCUCUCGAUGGAGUUGUUGCACAAUUUGUUGUUACAGAUGGUGGGAUUACUAGAGUUUUCCCCAAAAGGGCAGGAGAAGAUUGGUUGGAAAAUGCUGAAACUUAUGAAAUUAGCUUCUAUAAGAGGAGUUUAGAUAAUGACAACUAUAUUUUCACAGCUCCAUACUACAACAAAAGUGGUGCCAAUAGCUAUGAAUCAGGUAUUAUGGUAAGCAAGGCUGUGGAAAUAGAAGUUGAUGGGAAGCUUCUGAAGCCAGCAGUUGUUGGAAUAAAAAUUGAUGCAACCAGCUGGAUGGAAAAUUUCACAAAAACCACAAUCAAGAGCCUGUGCAACAGUGAAAUCUGUGGCUGUGAAAGAAAUAGCAUGCAUGUGGACUGUGUUAUCCUUGAUGAUGGUGGAUUUCUUUUGAUGUCCAAUCGAGAUGAAUAUACACAACAGAUUGGAAGGUUCUUUGGUGAAAUUGAUCCUGGCCUGAUGCGGAACCUGAUUAACAUGUCCCUGUAUGCCUUUAACAAGUCUUAUGACUAUCAGUCAGUCUGUGAUCCAGAGGAAGAACCAAAGCAAGGAGCUGGACUUCGUACUGCUUAUGUGCCUACCAUAACAGAUAUUUUGCAACUUGGAUGGUGGGCUUCAGCAGCAGCCUGGUCUAUCUUACAGCAACUGUUUUUGAGCUUGACUUUUCCACGGUUCCUUGAAGCAGCUGAUAUGGAAGAUGAUGAUUUCGGUGCUGCCCUGCCUAAAACAAGCUGUAUCACUGAGCAAACUCAAUAUUUCUUUGAAAACAAUGAUAAAUCCUUUGGUGGGAUUGUAGACUGUAUAAACUGCUCCAGACUUUAUCAUGCAGAGAAGAUUUCAAACACCAAUCUAGUGUUCAUUAUUAGUGACAGCCAACUGCUGUGCCGUUCCUGUGACCCAAAGCCACUGAUGCAAGCAGAGAAGCCGGAUGAAGGGCCAAAUCCAUGUGAAAUGGUCAAACAACCUAGAUACAGAAAGGGUCCUGAAAUAUGCUUUGAUGAAGCCAAACAGGAAGAUUCGGCCGACUGCGGUGGGGCCUCUGGUCUGAGUCCAUCACUGUGGUCUAUGGUAGCAAUUCAGUCGGUCCUGCUUUGGCUGUUAUCUGGCAGCAGACACUGCCAGUUAUGA